AAUUUCUAAUCUAGUAACAUUGUAAAUUAUUGAAAGAUUGAAACAAUCUUACACAGUCAUAUUUAAAAUAUAAUUUGUAUUUUUUUGAAGCCUUGAUUGUUAGUUUGUAUUGUUCCAUAUUGAACAAUAUAUUUCUGAAUGGAUAAAUUACAGGAUGCCAAAAGUUUUGCUUCUUCAAGUAAGAAAAAUUCAAAUGAAAAAAGUUUUGAUGCAGAUUCUAUGAUUAAAAAUAUCAUUUCUCAAGACACAUUUGUUGUCAAUAAAGACCAUCAAUUGUAUUCGAAUUUGCCAAAAUGGAUGAUACCAAAAUCUGGUUUUGUGCACCCAUUGUAUGAGCAGAUAUGGCAGUAUGUGAAAUCUGAUAGACGUGAUAGAACAUGUGAUACGCAUUUAGUUUCACAGUUAUUGAUGACUAGUGGUCUACCCGUUGAUGUACUGGGUGGAUUAUGGUCCAUGGCUAAUGUUGGUGUUGAAGGAUCAUUAUCUCAACAAGAACUUUAUAUAAUUCUGGCUUUGAUUACACUGGUUCAGAAUGGAUAUUCAGUGUCUAAUGUGUCAUUGUUGCAACAUAUUCAUAAACCAAUAAUACCACAAUUGAAUUAUACAAUUAUCGAGAAAAAACAUAAUGUAUCAACAGUGAAAUCAAAUAUUGAACAUAAACCACAAUUAUCAAAUAAGACAAGUUCUAUGCCAAAAAUCAAUAAUGAACAUCAAAAUGUUUAUGCCAAAAACUUUCAACAGCCAAAUUGUAAUAUCAUUUCUUCUGAAGAAUAUGACCCGUUAGCAGUAACAUUUAUAGAACCAAAAAAUCAAAUGUCUAAAUUUAUGUCUCCAAUAUCUACUAAUCCUGAACCGAAAUCUUUAGACUUUGCUCCUGUCAAUAACAGUUUUGAGGCAUUUGAUGAUGAAUUUUCAGAUUUCCAAUGUGCUCAGUUUACAAUCACUGACAGUGAAAGUAAUCAAGAAUUUACAGAUUUCCAAUCAGCUUUUGAUACAUUGUCUUUUAAGGAAGACACUAAAAUUCAUGAAAAAACUGCUGAAAUGUUAAAUGAUACGUCAACAAAUGUUGUUUCAAGUUUGUUAGAUCAACAAAAUAUAAUAACUAACCAAGAUAAUAUUCUUGAUAAAUAUGAAGUGUUUCGGACUUUGGCAGCUGAAACUGAUGAUGUUGAAAAUGUAAUGAAUAAAAAUAACUGUAAUGAUCUUUUGGAAAUAAAUCCUGCGGAAAAUAUUGAUGAGAAUAUUCAAAAUGAUGUUUACGAUGAUGAAUUUGGAGAUUUCUUAUGUGUCGAAGAAGUUUUAAGCAAUAAACUUGAUAUUGAAAUAGAUUGGAAAAAUGUUCAAGUGCAAUGCAUAAAUAAAUGUUUGGAAUUUUUGCAAGAAGGUUUUAUUACAUUUUCUAACAUAUCUGAUGAGAAAGUACUGAUGGAAGUUAUAAAUCAUGAUAAAGGAAUUAAUUACUUAACACAAUUAAAUUUAAUAAGUCAAAUAUGUCAACGAAUACUUAAAAACUGUUAUUGUCCAUCAUUAGAAGAUAGAUUAAAUGAUGUAUUGAAAAGGUUGGAAACAUAUUUCAAUAACUCUACCUGUAAAUCAACUAACAAUACAGAGGUUUUAGAUUCCAUUAAGGAUUCCAUACCAUGUUACUUAUGCAAAUGCAAUUGCAGUACAGAUUCUACUGAAUAUAUGUUAAACCUUUACCACUCUUCGUGUAUAAAUUUAUUGAUAAAUUUUGUUCAGACUUCUCACCUUUCUGUUAAGUAAUACUUAUUAGCUCUUUUCUAAAAAUGUUUUAGCUCUAGAAUUAUGUUACCAUAAAAAUAAUUUGA